GGCGGGCCCAUGGACGACGCGACGGCGCGGGUGCCCUGAGCGCGGCACGGGUCCCGGGUGCGCGCCCCCAGCGGCGGCCAGGUCGGGCGCCAUGCGCUAGGGCUCUGUGAGCACCGCAAGGCUACAUCCUCCUCACCCGGGAUCACUGCCUGCUGCCCACCCCCGCCAUGGCUGGGGACCGGCUCCCAAGGAAGGUGAUGGACGCCAGGAAGCUAGCCAGCCUGCUGCGCGGCGGGCCUGGGGGGCCUCUGGUCAUCGACAGUCGCUCCUUCGUGGAGUAUAACAGCUGGCAUGUGCUCAGCUCUGUCAACAUCUGCUGCUCCAAGCUGGUGAAGCGGCGGCUGCAGCAGGGCAAGGUGACCAUCGCUGAGCUCAUCCAGCCUGCCACACGCAGCCAGGUGGAGGCUGCAGAGCCACAGGAUGUGGUGGUGUACGACCAGAGCACACGGGACGCCAGCGUGCUGGCUGCAGACAGCUUCCUGUCCAUCCUUCUCAGCAAGCUGGAUGGCUGCUUCGACAGUGUGGCUAUCCUCACAGGGGGCUUCGCCACGUUCUCUUCCUGCUUUCCCAGCCUCUGCGAGGGCAAACCCACCACCCUGCCACCUAUGAGCCUGUCCCAGCCCUGCCUGCCUGUGCCCAGCGUCGGCCUGACCCGUAUCCUGCCUCACCUCUACCUGGGCUCUCAGAAGGAUGUCCUCAACAAGGAUCUGAUGACCCAAAAUGGAAUAAGCUACGUCCUCAAUGCCAGCAACUCCUGCCCCAAGCCAGACUUCAUCUGCGAGAGCCGCUUCAUGCGCAUUCCCAUCAAUGACAACUACUGUGAAAAGCUGCUGCCCUGGCUGGACAAGUCCAUCGAGUUCAUUGAUAAAGCCAAGCUGUCCAGCUGCCAAGUCAUCGUGCACUGUCUCGCUGGCAUCUCCCGCUCUGCUACCAUCGCCAUCGCCUAUAUCAUGAAGACCAUGGGCAUGUCCUCGGACGACGCCUACAGGUUUGUGAAGGACCGGCGCCCGUCUAUCUCACCCAAUUUCAACUUCCUGGGCCAGCUGCUGGAGUACGAGCAGAGCCUGAAGCUGCUGGCUGCCCUGCAGGGUGACACCCCCCACCCAGGUACCCCCGACCCCCUCCCGGGCCCCGCAGCAGGGGUACCACUGCCAAGGCUGCCACCACCUACCUCAGAGAGUGCUGCCACCGGGGGCAUGGCGGUCGCUGCAGCCAGGGAGUGUGGUGCCCGUGGGGAGGCCCCAGCUGCCAGCCCAGCCACGAGCGCCCUGCAGCAGGGCCUGCGUGGCCUGCACCUGUCCUCCGACCGCCUGCAGGACACCAACCGCCUCAAACGCUCCUUUUCCCUGGACAUCAAAUCGGCCUACGCCCCAAGCCAACGGCCAGAGCACCCUGGGCUGCCUGACCCUGGCGAGGUCCCCAAGUUGUGCAAGCUGGACAGCCCCUCGGGGGGCACACUGGGCCUCCCCUCACCAGGCACGGAUAGCCCAGAUGCCAGCACAGAGAUGCGCCCCAAGCCCCGCCGACGGCACCGGCCCCCUGCCAGUUCCCCAGCCCGCUCCCCAGGGGCGCUCAGCCUGGGCCUGAACUUCGGAGAUACAGGGCGCCAGACUCCACGUCACGGCCUCUCUGCCCUGUCCACACCCGUGCUGCCGGGCCCAGGCCAGCCAGCCAGCCCCGGGGCCUGGGUGCCACCACUAGACUCCCCGGGGACACCGUCACCCGAUGCACCCUGGUGCUUCAGCCCUGAGGGUGCACAGGGUGCCUUCAGCCUGGCAGGCAUGCCAGGGACCAGUGCUGGCAGUGGCACCCGGGACACAUGCACCAGCUGGCCUGAGGAGCCCACUCCAGACCCUCAGUUCAAGAGACGCAGCUGCCAGAUGGAGUUUGAGGAGGGCUUUGCAGAAGGGCGUGCACGUGGUGAGGAGCUGGCAGCCCUGAGCAAGCAGGCCAGCUUCUCAGGCAGCGUGGAGGUCAUCGAGGUCUCCUGACCCCAGCAGGGUGGUCCCUUGCCCACUGCCUCAGCACCUCGGGCAGCAGUCAGCCCCGUAUAACUAUCUAUUAUGUAUAAUACAAAGGAAGGUAAAUGGUUUUACUGCAAUUUUUACCAAGAAGUAAAUAUUUCAAUUUUUUAUUUAUUUAAGCAGUUCAUGCUGGCAAUGAUUCGGCAACCCUGCGGGCGGCCCUCGGCGCUCUAUUUUUACUGUCUGGUAUUUAAACCGAAACACUUGUCUCUAAGCAAUAGGAGGUCACCUUCUGUCACUGUUGCUGAGCUGCAGUGCCAGGCCUGGGACCUCCCUGCGACCCCUUCCCCGGAAACACUGCUGAUGUUGCAAAGAGACUGCCCGGCUUUUGUGCACUUUUUACAAAAAGGGGAAAAAAGGAAAAAAAAAAAAAAACUUUGCCACAAACUGAGCCGCAGAACCUCCCUCUCUUCCUCCCUCCCUCCCCACCUGCCUGUCUCCCU